AUAUAUUAUCUGUGGUGAGGGCAAAACGAUUUGUCUGGAUUGUCUAACAUGGAGAUUGCACUUGAUUAAUUACUUACUAAUAAGUUAACUAAUAAGAAACUAUAAAUAAAUAAGAUUGUUUGAAGCAAUAGCAUUAAAUGUUGUUUCUCUUUACAGAGCAACAACUUGGCAAUUGUUUCACUUAUUACAAAACAACAUUUAAUAUAGCUGUUGUAAACAAUGGAAAAGUUAAAAUUCGAGUUUGUUGUAAAACCGGCUGAAGAUCCAAAAACAAACAUAAUGUGCAUAACCUCAAUUAUGGAUGCAGAUAAAAAUACUUUUUUGAUUCCGGAGCAAUUACAAUCAGUGAAACUACACGAUGUGGUAAUACAGACAAAAAUUUUUCAAAAAGUAAGAACUACACUGCAAAGGAGACAUGAAAAACGACAAGUAUGGAUUUCUGUUACACCGGAGUUACGUGAUGCCUACAUGGAUGAAGAUGGAAACAUGCAAUUUAAAGGUUAUUUACUGGAAGAAGUUACAUCUAUUUCACAAAAGCAGAUUUCUACGGACACGACAACAGAAGCUCUUUCAAGAAUGUUGGCUAAUUUUGCGGAAUCGGAGAAGGAGCCUAAACUGUUCAAUUUAAAGAAGUUAUCUGAAAUGUUUGUAAUCGAUAAAUUUACACAAAAAACGUCCAGUGCAACACAAUGGAUGAUCAUCUUCGAAACUGAAUGUGCUCGUAUGGGUAUAAAUGAUGAUACUCACAAAAUUCAAGGGUUAAGGUUAUUUUUAGAUGAUUCUUGUCAAGAUUGGUAUAGUUCCAUGCUUAUAAAGUAUACAUUGAAUUCUGAAUGGUGUAUUUGGAAAAAGAAUUUUUGUGAAACAUAUAUGAACAAAGGCUGGACGCCGGUAAGAUAUGCUUUUUUAUUUAAGUAUAGGCAGGGAUCGCUACUAGAAUAUGCUUUAAAGAAAGAGAGGCUUUUAUUAGAGACAAAUAAGUCAAUAGAUAAAACCACUUUAAUUAAUUUAAUUGUAACUGGGUUACCUAAUUUUAUAGCUGAUGAAAUUGAUAGAAGUGAUAUAAAGGAAACUGAACAGUUAUUUAAUAGUAUUCGUGGGUUAGAACAUCUAAAUAAAAAAAAAUUUGUAAAUAAGGAAGUACAUGUUGAAAAUAAAAUUAAAGAAAAAUCUUUAAAGGAAAAACCGUGCAAAAUCUGUGAAAAAGAAAAGAAAGGAAUUCGAUAUCAUUCAGAGUCUGUAUGUUGGUUCAGAAAUAAAAAUGAUAAUCAAUAUAAAAAAGAGUCGAUUAAAAGUGUUAAUAAUUCUGAAUUGGAAAUGAGUUUAAAUGAAGUAGAUCCAAAAAACUAAUAAUUCCACCAUUAAUCAAAAUUAAAAUUUUAAUAAAUGAUUCCUUAGAAACAUUGGGAGUUUAUGAUUCAGGAUCAAAUGUUAGUUUAAUUAAUUCCAGAUUAUUAUCCUUAAAAAAUUAUCAUAUCCAUAAUAACUAUAAUAAUCAGGCAAAUUUAAAAACGAUUAAUGGUGUAAAAAAGGCUAUAGGAAUAGUAACAUUAAAAAUUAAGAUUUUUCAGCUAGAGAAAUACAUAAAUGUUUUUGUGGUAGAUAAACAAAAUUUUGAUUACGAUUUUUUGAUUGGGUUAGAUUGCAUAAGAUCUUUUCAACUAAUUCAAAAUGAAAACUUGGAGAUAAAACAAUUCUUAAACAAUGAGAAAAAAAUAAGCAAUGAAAACAUUCCUGGCUUCACAGGUAAUAAAAUUCAAAACAUGCAAUAUUUAGUUAAUGAAAAUAAUGAUAGGAAAAACAUAGGGGAAGAUAAUUUAGUAAUUAAUGAUAAAUAUGAGGUCAAUUUUAACGAACACAUAGAAAUUACAAACUUUAACAUUUCAGUAGAUCAUUUAGAAAUUCAACAACAAUCAGAAAUAGAUGAAUUAAUUAACAAGUAUAAAUCGUUAUUUGCGAAAGAUAAAUACGAUGUAGGUAAAGUGAAGGGCUAUGAGGCACAUAUAGAUUUACUUGUAGAUACAUAUUGUAGCAAAAGACCAUACAGAUGUAAUUUUGAGGAUAAAAAAGAAAUAGAACUACAAGUUUCACAAUUAUUAAAAAAUAAACUAAUUGAAGAAUCAUAUAGUCCCUUUGCAGCCCCUGUAACACUAGCCUAUAAAAAAGAAGAGGGGAGAAAAUCUAGACUAUGCAUAGAUUUUCGUGAUUUGAAUAAAAUAGUAGUUCCUCAAUCGCAACCAUUUCCACUUAUAGAGGAUUUAAUGAUAAAAACAAGGAAUUGUAAAUUUUUUUCAAUUUUAGAU